CAACGAACACGUCUCAAUGACCAACGGACCGACCUGCCUGUAAUUCCGCAGAGGAGUCCGCCAGAAGAUGAGGAGCAGGUUGAUACUGGAUCUAGUACCCCACCACAACAGUGUCGCGAUGGGCUAAGUCGUCUGCAGAGGGUGCUUUCAGUUCCCGGUGCCAAAAAGCGUGGACGUCAUCACGUCUGA